AACAACACGGAACCCUGCUGAUGUUCUCCUGCCUCGUUCUUCUGUUGAGUGUUAAGAUGUUCUCCUGUGUGUUUUAAACAGUGUUAGUGUGGAGGCCCGAGAAACCCGAGUCACACGACUGGUACACGGCUGUGAGUCCCACAGGUGAAGAUUAAGAAGGAUGAACAACUCCGGUUACCGCAGCGGGAGCUUCGACAGCCUCCAUCACCCCAGUAAGGACGACGAUGAUGACGAGAUGGUGGACAUCGCGGGGGCCACGCUGGACUUCUCCACCACGGACGACGACCCCCCUCUCAGCUCAGGAGAAUUUGAGGAGCAGAGCAGCAGCAGAGCAGCCGGUAUGAACGGUAACGGACCCAGCAAACUGGUGGACCCGCUGGAGGACCCGCUGCCCGGACUGGGCACCUACGAGGACUUCAACACCAUCGACUGGGUCCGGGAGAAGAGCAAGGACCGGGACCGACACCGAGAGAUCACCAAUAAGAGCAAACAGUCGACCUGGGAUCUGCUGCACAGUGUCAGCGAUGCCUUCUCCGGAUGGCUGCUCAUGCUUCUAGUGGGACUCAUGUCAGGUGCUCUGGCCGGUGGCAUCGACAUCGCGGCCCACUGGUUGACGGACCUGAAGGAGGGGCUCUGCCUCGUCGGCUUCUGGUUCAACCACGAGCACUGCUGCUGGACGUCCAACGAGACCACGUUCCAGGAGAGAGACCGCUGUCCUCAGUGGCAGAGCUGGGCCGAGCUCAUAACGGGGACGUCGGCGGGCCCGUUUGCCUACAUAGUGAACUACCUGAUGUACAUCGUGUGGGCUUUGCUCUUCGCUCUCCUGGCCGUCACGCUGGUCAGGGCCUUCGCUCCGUACGCAUGUGGCUCAGGAAUACCAGAGAUCAAAACCAUCCUCAGUGGGUUCAUCAUCCGGGGCUACCUGGGGAAGUGGACCCUGAUCAUCAAGACCAUCACCCUGGUCCUGGCCGUGUCCUCGGGCCUCAGCUUGGGGAAGGAGGGCCCGCUGGUCCACGUGGCCUGCUGCUGCGCCAACAUACUGUGUCAUCUGUUCACCAAGUACCGCAAGAACGAGGCCAAGCGGCGAGAGGUGUUGUCUGCGGCGGCGGCGGUGGGCGUGUCCGUGGCCUUCGGCGCUCCCAUCGGAGGAGUCCUGUUCAGCCUGGAGGAGGUGAGUUACUACUUCCCCCUGAAGACCCUGUGGCGCUCGUUCUUCGCCGCCCUGGUGGCCGCCUUCACCCUGCGCUCCAUCAACCCGUUCGGAAACAGCCGCCUGGUGCUGUUCUACGUGGAGUUCCACGCCCCGUGGCACCUGGUGGAGCUGGCCCCCUUCAUCCUGCUGGGCAUAUUCGGCGGCCUCUGGGGGGCGCUGUUCAUCAGGGCCAACAUCACCUGGUGCAGGCUACGUAAAUCCACCCGCCUGGGUCACUACCCCGUCAUCGAGGUGCUGGUGGUCGCAGCGCUGACCGCCGUGGUGGCCUACCCGAACAGCUACACCAGGAUGAGCGGAGCAGAGCUCAUCUCAGAGCUGUUCAACGACUGCUCGCUGCUCGACUCCUCGCAGCUCUGCGGCUACAAACAGUCAAACAUCACCUCAGAAGCAGGUGUAGGUAACAGCCUGGCCGACCGUCCGGCAGGAGAAGGCCUCUACACGGCUCUGUGGCAGCUCGCCCUGGCUUUAGUCUUCAAGAUGAUGAUCACCGUGAUUACGUUUGGCAUGAAGGUCCCGUCCGGUCUCUUCAUCCCCAGCAUGGCGGUCGGCGCCAUCGCGGGUCGUCUGCUGGGCGUCGGCAUGGAGCAGCUGGCCUACUACAACCACGACUCCUUCAUCUUCAAAGGGUGGUGCACGCCGGGGGCCGACUGCAUCACUCCGGGGCUCUACGCCAUGGUGGGAGCCGCCGCCUGCUUAGGUGGAGUGACUCGCAUGACGGUGUCGCUGGUGGUCAUCAUGUUUGAGCUGACCGGCGGCCUGGAGUACAUCGUCCCGCUCAUGGCUGCCACCAUGACCAGCAAAUGGGUGGCAGAUGCGUUCGGACGAGAAGGAAUCUAUGAGGCUCACAUCCGGCUCAACGGAUACCCGUUCCUGGAGCCCAAAGAAGAGUUCCAGCACAGCAGCCUGACGGCGGACGUGAUGAGGCCCAGGAGGUCGGACCCGGCGCUGGCGGUGCUCACGCAGGAGGGCAUGACGGUCGGGGAGGUGGAGACCUUGGUGGAAAGCACUCACUACAGCGGCUUCCCUGUGGUCGUCUCCCAGGAGUCCCAGAGGCUGGUGGGGUUUGUCCUCAGAAGAGACCUGCUCAUAUCAAUAGACAACGCCCGAAAGCGUCAGGAGGGCGUGGUCGGAGCGUCCCAGGUGGUCUUCACCGAGCACACUCCGGCUCAGGCCGAUGACGCCCCGUCGCCCCUCCGCCUCCGAUGCAUCAUGGACCUGAGCCCCUUCACCGUCACGGACCACACGCCCAUGGACAUCACCGUGGAUAUAUUCAGGAAGCUGGGGCUACGUCAGUGUCUGGUCACGCACAACGGGAGGCUGCUGGGAAUCAUCACUAAAAAAGACAUUCUGAAACACAUGGCACAGAUCGCCAACAGAGACCCCGACUCCAUCCUCUUCAACUGAACCGUCUCCGUCCAUCUCUCUCCCUCUCUCCUCCAGAGGAGAAGACACCACCACCAGCUUGCACACUCGACCGGAAAAUGCACCUUUUUACCUCUUCAGCUGUUGGGUGAAAGCCAAGUAAGUCGAGCUCCAUUUGCACAGGCGACUAGAGAACAAUGGCUCUUUUUUUUGUUUUUGUAAGAUGGAGGCGUUUUUUGGCUUUCUGUUUUUUGGCUCCUCCUCACUGACACUGCUGGCCCUAAUUUCUUGUUCAACCCAGAAGGAUGUAGUACAGAUACACAUGAGCAAUAAGUCAAUGGAAAAAAAAUAAUUCACAUCCACACUUUCUUUUCGGGGCUUUUUUUUUUUUUUUUACAUUCCUUCCUUUCUCUCUGUCUUUUCAACAAAACAAAAAGAGAGAAACGUUUAAAAAGGAGGUGGGAACGACUAAUCCUCAUGUCAUAGAUACUGACGAGAGAGGAGGAGAAAUGAAGACAUCAGGGGAGAUGAAGAGAGGUCUGUGGAGCUCCAUGCCGCCCUCCGGCCGCCACGGCGAGCCCAGACAGAGCGCUCUGAGCUGGGCUGAUGGAUGCUCGGACGCCUCCCCCCUCCUCCUCCACGACUUCCAUCCGUCCUGCAGCCUCGGGGAGGGGGGGCGAAGCAUCCAGGUGUGAGAAGACGAUCUAAUACACACACACUUACACUCCAUAAAGACUUCAUGACCGCCUGGGAACUCUCCAGAAAUGUCUUUUUUGUUUUGUUUUGUUUUUUUCCCCGUCGUGUAGACUCUUGUGAUUUGUAAUACGUGGCGAGAGACUCCGGUUUGGGAACUAAGAAGUGUUGUCUCGUCAUACAGACUCUCCGAUUGGCAGUUAUAAUUCUCUUACAAAUAAAAAAAAGAAA